GUAUUGUUGCUUGUUUUUGUUUCCUGUUGUGUUUUAAGAAAUUUGGAAAACCAAGAAAAAAAAACGUGUUUAGUUGGGUUUUUAUUUUUUGUUGUGAAUCAGAGUUGCACAACAUGGCCCAAAUAUGAGAAACAACAAUUUAUAGCUUUGGAUCUGAUUUGUAAACAUGUUGCACACGGGUUUCUUACUGGUUUGACGCUUGAUUUCAUUAAAAGAGACCAGUUUUCGAAUCCCCACAGAAGCAAAAUUUUUUUUUUUUUUUUACACAGCCGACCCCCCAAAACCCUAUUCAACAGCCGCCCCAACCCAUUCCAUUUUCUAUUCUUCUUCUCGACAGACCCAUCCCAUCUGCCGCCUCCCUCCGCCCGGCGACCCAUCUGCCGCCUCGCCUCCGCCCGGCGACCCUGCCGGCGCCAGCGCAGCCAGCCGCCCUCGCCCAGCCUUCCCCGCGCGUCCCUGCCGUCGCCAGCGCCCAGCCAGCCGCCCUCGCCCAGCCUUCCCCGCGCGUCCCUGCCUUCCCCGCGCGUCCCUGCCGUCGCCAGCGCCCAGCCAGCCGCCCAACCCGCCGGCCCUACCGCCGGCGACGCCCUGCCUCCGACGGCCGCCGACCACCUGCCUCCCAGGUAAUUUCGGCUUCCCCUCCACUGCCUCUGAAUAUUUAUUGAAUUAGGAGAUGUGUUUAGUGAUUGAUAGAUUAUUUAUUUGUGAAUUUGGAUUGAUUGCUAUGUUCUUUGUUUUAUGGUUUACCUCAGUUAUGGAGAAAAUUGUUGAAAAUGGUGAUGUUGAUUGUGUGGAGAUUCAGAAAAAUGAUAAUGGGGAGAGGGAUGAUAGCAAAAUAUGGGGUGAUAAAGCUGAAUCUGUGUUCAUUGAUCUUUUGGUGGAAGAAGUUAAAAAGGGAAAUCGUGUUACUUCAACCUUUUCACCAACUGGAUUCGCCAAUCUCAUUGCUGGUUUGAAAGAGCGGUUGAAAAGAGACUAUACUAAGACUCAAGUGAAGAAUAAAUUUAAUGGGUUAAGGGGUAGACUCAGAUCUUUCAAGACAUUGCUUAGUCAUACUGGAGUGGGAUAUGAAGCUUCAACUGGUUUUGUUAGUGCAGAAGAACAUGUUUGGGAAAGUGUCGUCAAGGGUUCAAAGUUGCAUCUUAGAUUCCGAAAGCAUGGAUGUCCUGAAUAUGACAAGUUGUGCUACAUAUUUGGUGACACUACUGCUUCUGGAAAUAAUGCUCGUCCUUCAACCAAAGCUACUUCUAGUAGUAACGAGGAAGAGUUGGCUACAAGCAAAAGUGUUGAGGUAACUAAUCUUGAUGGUGAAGAGGAAGAAAUUGGUGCAACUCCUGUUGUUGAAAAGGAGGAUAAGAACAAAAACAAAGGCAAGGGGAAAAAAAGAAAGCGAGAUAAGAUUAGCUAUGCUGAGUCCAUAGGAACAUUGUUGUCAUCCAUGGUUGAGCGAGAGAAAAUGAAAGUUGAGCGUGAGGCACAAAAGAUGGCUUCUUCAUCUGUGGGAGGAGGUGAAGUCUCCUCCAAGCCAAGUGAUGAUGGGCAACUUAUGGAGUGUGUCAAGCUUUUGGAUGAGAUGAAAGUUAAUGGUGCCUUGUUUGCAUCAGCUGUGAAGUGUCUCCAUGAUUCUAAAGAAUAUCAAAAUGUGUUCUUGAAUGUGUCUGAAGAGAGGAGGCGUGAUUUGUUGCAGCUUUGGAUGUGAUGGAUGCUUUGGCUGUUUUGUUAUGUUUAAAACUCUCUUGUUCUGUACUAUUUUGGAGUGUUAUCAUUUGGUUUGAAGUUGGUUUGUAAUGAAUAUUUGUAUGAAUGUUGGAUUUUAUUAUGAUGUGUAAUGAUGAAUGCGUUGUGAUGUUUUUUCUAUGGAUGUUCAUUACUUUACUUUUGUAUACACAGAUAAAUGGCUACUUUUUCAGAUUCAUCAUCAGACUCUGAUGACGAUAAAUUAGUAGUAAUAAUGCUAGCAUUGAUGG